AUGAAAACCGUUUCAUCAAAAUUUCAAUCCCUGCUUAAAAUCUGCCUUGAUUUCAUCAAGUAUUGCAAUCCCAGCAAAAGUGAAGAAGAUACGUAUAUACGCAAGUGUUAUAGACUGGAUUAAGUAAGUAAGUAAGCAAAAAUAAGGAAGAAAAAAAAUAAAGAUGAUCAGCAUAUACGCAAGUGUUAUCGUCGAACAA